AUGGAGGACCAUAAUUGCCAGUUGACGGGAAAACAAAACGAUCUUCCACCGGAGAUCAUGCAUGAGAUCCUUUCAAGGCUACCAGUGAAGUCAUUGUGCCGCUUCAAGUGUGUAUCAAACCCAUGGCGGUCUCUAAUCUCCAAUCCCAAAUUCAUUGCAAAGCACUCCAAAGCCAUUGAGAAUAAGGAUGUGUUCUUCCAAAGACGAAGACUCGUAUUUACUGACCGGGACCAUCAUUACCUUUACUCUUUGGACCUUUACCAAUUUUUCAACCAGAACCUCGCAGUUCUAAAGAAUUGUAAGGAGAAUAAGGAUAAUGUUGAUGUUGGUGGUCCAGUAGCAGUAGCCACCGAGCUCGACUUUAUUAAGUGCCUCUUUCCCUACAAGCCUAUAAGUUAUGAUGGGAUCGUGCUGAAUGGAGGUGUUCAUUGGUUAUUGGGGACAGUCGCAGAUGACUCGUUGCUGAUCCUAUCUUUCCUUUUAGCAGAAGAGGAAGUUAGAGAAAUUCCACUACCGCUCAUUGGUACUCAACCAAUUGAACUAGGGGUCUUUAGAGAUUGGCUAUGUAUAACAUUGAUCGAGAAAGCAACAACUAAUGAGUUUUGGAUCAUGAAGGAAUAUGGAGUGAGAGAGUCUUGGACUAAAAUGCGAGUCUCCAUUCCAUAUCACCAAUUAUCACAUUCUGGUUUUUGGAGAGGAUCGUAUGAUUUGAUGGUGUUUGAUGAAUCGUUAGUCAUGUACAAUUUUGAUGAUGAGAAGUUUUGGAUUUUAUCAAUCCGCGAUGUUGGCAAAGUUGGUAGUGUAGGUAUCUACGUGGAGAGCCUUGCCUCACUUACUACUCAAGAUCAUGCAGCUUGA